CAACAAAGAAGCAAUUAUUGUGUUCUCAAUAUUUGUAAAUGUCUUUUUUUCUUUAUUUUUAAAAACAUUUUUCUUUUAUUUCCCUCCCCAUAUCCCUUUUCUGUAGAGCCUUUUUGGUGACCUGUGUAAAAGAGUUACAGAAUGUCUUACAAUGUGACUCUAAAUGGACCUGGACCAUGGGGUUUCCGACUGCAAGGGGGAAAGGACUUCAACAUGCCCUUGACCAUAUCCAGAAUCACCCCUGGCAGCAAAGCAGCCCAGUCCCACAUGAACCAGGGGGACUUUGUGGUAGCCAUUGAUGGAGUCAACACAGAUGGCAUGACCCACUUAGAGGCCCAGAACAAGAUCAAAUCAGCCAGCUACAACCUGAGCCUUACCCUUCAAAAAUCUAAACGCCCAGCUCCAGUUCCAACAGCCACACCUAAAGUUGACUCUCCCAGGCCUGUAAUUCCCCAUCAGAAGGUCAUAGCCAACACUGCUGCCAAGUUAGUAUCAAAUAAUGUCACUGAGUAUGUGGAACGCUUCAACCCUAAUGUCCUGAAGGACUCUGCCCUGUCUACACACAAACCCAUUGAGGUGAAAGGCCUGGGUGGCAAGGCCACAAUAAUUCAUGCCCAGUAUAACACCCCAAUCAGCAUGUAUUCCCAGGAUGCUAUCAUGGAUGCUAUCGCAGGCCAGGCACAGGCCCAAGGUGGUGAACUUGCUGGUACCCUUCCUGUUAAAGAUCCUCACAUAGAUAGUGCCUCUCCAGUGUAUCAGGCUGUGCUUAAAACGCAGAACAAGUCUGAGGAUGAGCUUGACGACUGGACUCGCCGUUCUGCCAAUCUGCAGUCCAAGUCUUUCCGCAUCCUCGCCCAGAUGACGGGAACAGAGUACAUGCAAGACCCAGAUGAAGAAGCCCUGAGGAGAUCAAGUGGCAAGGAAAAUGUUGCUGCAGCAGCUGAAAACAGCCCUACAGGUUCUCAUCAUGUGGCACAGUAUGUGACCUCAAGUGUUUGGCAUCCUCCUAAGUCACGCACCAUGGAUGCUAACAUUGACAAAGCUAAGCCAGUGGCCUCCAAGGGUUCCGUGAGGUUUGGAACGGGUGCAAGUCAAAGGGAAGCCAGUUACAUCAGGACUGGCCAGAAAGCCCCUCUUACUUCAUCCAGUAAUCAAAGUACCCCUGUUGAGCAUGCGCCAGUGUCUACCAGCUCUGCCUCUGCUCCUGUGCCAGUUGCUUCAGCCAAUCAGCCUGCUACUGUUACUCAAAACACAUCCAGUCAGAUGACACCACCAUCAGCCACUCCCCUCUCUGUAGUACAAGAUUCCUUCUCUUCCUCUUUCCAAAGCUUCAACCGGCAUUCUUCCACAUCCAUCAGCUACCAGUCAAAAAAGAGAGGUACGGGCCAGUCCUAUUCAUCAACUCCGGUUUCCCAGGGUACCGCUUCUUCCUCAGGCUACAGUGAAAGUCCAGUUCCUGCUCCAAAACCAAGAGUUGUCACUACUGCUAGCAUAAGACCCUCCGUCUACCAGCCAGCGCCAGCACCAGCACGAGCACCAGUGCAUUCUUAUACACCAGGCAAGGCUGAUUCUUCAUCCCGCCCUCCCUGGGUAACAGAUGACUCCUUUUCCCAGAAAUUUGCACCUGGAAAAAUCACCACCUCUGUUACCAAACAUACCCUGGCACGGGGUGCUCCAGCACCAUCUCCUGCCUCAACUUCAGCCUACUCGUCUCAUUCAAUACCAGCCUCUUCCCAGACUCCUGCUGUAGCCCGGGGAACAAUUCAAAGGGCUGAGCGUUUCCCAGCCAGCAACCGAACUCCUCUCUGCGGACACUGUAACAGCAUAAUUCGGGGUCCUUUCCUGGUAGCCAUGGGUCGUUCCUGGCACCCAGAGGAGUUCAACUGUGCUUACUGCAAGACAUCUUUAGCGGAUGUGUGCUUUGUGGAGGAGCAGAACAGCGUGUACUGUGAGCGCUGUUAUGAACAGUUCUUUGCACCAACUUGUGCCAGAUGCCACACUAAGAUCAUGGGGGAAGUGAUGCAUGCUCUAAGGCAGACUUGGCACACGACUUGCUUUGUCUGUGCUGCCUGUAAGAAACCGUUUGGGAACAGCCUCUUCCACAUGGAGGAUGGGGAGCCCUACUGUGAGAAAGAUUACAUUGCUUUGUUCAGCACAAAGUGCCAUGGCUGUGAUUUUCCUGUUGAAGCAGGAGAUAAAUUCAUUGAAGCCCUUGGACACACUUGGCAUGAUACCUGCUUUAUUUGUGCGGUGUGCCAUGUGAAUUUGGAAGGUCAGCCAUUUUACUCCAAGAAGGAUAAGCCACUGUGCAAGAAACAUGCUCAUGCCAUCAACGUCUAAAAGACCUGGAAACUAAUGGCACUGUGAGAAAAUUGGCAACUAACUGAGAAAUUGCAAAAAGGAUAACCCCAACUGACAUUUCUCAUUGAGGGGAGGGUAGGAAGGCUUGGAAGCUAUUGGACACUUCUGAAGUAUAACUUUAAUCACUUUUAUAUUUGCAGAGCAUUUUUUGGCAUGGUCCAUACAGAAAGCUGAAUGAACACUCAAUGGCAAAUUAGUCAAUCUGAGUCAAAUAUUACUGCAAAAGUUAGAACAAAAAUUAAAAAGAUAAAAAUUAAUUUUAAAAAAUGUUUUAUGUAAAAAUAAGUAAUAACAACACCCAGAUCAGCCUUAGAGCUGAGACCAUACACUAGUGUUUAAAAAGAAUUGAAAAUCAUUCUUGAAAUUUGUUACAAGAAAAUAUUAAGUGCCAAAAUAUUAAUUGUAAAAUAAUUUAUAGAAUCAUAGCUUUAAAAUUAAGAUAAGCAGAUCAGGAUUUUCUCACCAAUAAGGAAGUAUUAUUCCAUUCUUUAUGUCAUGGUGCUAUGUCCAAGCAUCAAUUUUUUUGAAUGAACUAGAGACAUCCUAUAGGCCAGGGGUUCUCAACCUUUUCUUUUCUGAGGCCUUCCCCACCCAACAUGCUAUAAAAACUCCA